UCCAGUGCCCCCACUCAAACCUACGCACUAGGCGUACUUUUAGCAACAGUAAGGUUGUUAUUACACACAAUGAGUUCUAGGAUGCUAUCUUACGCAGGGGUUGAAGAUCCCCACUUUCUUGAAGCGUGUACUCUUUGUUCAAAAUCACUGGGUCAUAACAGUGAUAUCUUCAUGUACAGAGGGAACAAUCCAUUUUGCAGCAAAGAGUGCAGGCAAGAACAGAUUGAGGUUGAUGAGGCAAGAGAGAAGAGAUGGAGAGUCAAGAAAUCAUCAGAAACAACCAAGAAAACCACCAAAGCUAGUAGUGUACAAACAGGAACACUUGUUGUGGCAUAAAAUUAGAAUCAUAAAAUUCCC